UCUCAGUCAGGUGAAAAAUUUGGUUAAGCCGUGACAGAAAAAGUAUAUUAAGGCAGUCGCGAGUCAACAGCACACGAUAACCAACAUAUAAAGAAGAAAUAACCAAGGGAGAAACCGAGAUGCAGACAAUGAAAGUGUUCGUGGUUUUUGUUGCCGUAUUCGCGAUUGAGCAAGCAUCGGCGGCAGUAAAUACAAAUACUCUUGCCAGAACAUUACACAAUAAGCUAUCCAGUCUUCUGAAGCCCCAGCUUGUGCUUCCCCCGGUACCGCCUGGUCGUAGCUAUCAGUUUGUUACGCCCAAGCUUGACUUUCUUUUUGUUCUCGACAGCAGCGGGAGCAUUACUGCCAGGUAUUUUGAAGAGGCAAAGGAUGUGUGCAAGAUUAUAGUAGACUACAUUCAUGGUAAGUCACCGAUUGGAAAGUAUGGGUCACGGGUCGGACUCAUCCAGUACUCUACCAAGAGCAAAACCCAUGUUGAAUUUUCAUUUGGCGACUACAACACUGUCAGUGCUAUAAAAAACAGGAUCAGUCAAGUGAAGUUUGAUAACGGUAGGACAGGUUUUAAUUCUCUAUAAAUACAGGGUUGCUACUUAAGUGUGUGUCCACGAGAAAACCAGACCAAAUGUAGAAAAUGCGGCAAGGCGGGGGUGAACGGAUUUACACCAUAUUUGAUGUGUUUGAACUUUUAUAUGAACAAUAUCUGAGGCUGCAAUAUUUCCUGAAAAAAAUCCCUACCUACAGAGAUAUGGGCAGUCACAAUUUGGGGGGUUAAUCAACCAAAAAUUCAUCUGAAAAACGGGGUUAUAUUGAUUGGCCUUACAGUUGAUACAGGUGUGACUUAAUGAUUUAGUUUGGUGAUAUGUUAUAACCUAAAGAUAGGGGAUUAAAAUGAUAUACACUUUUUUCACCCUCUUUGUUCCCAUCGUAACAAACUAAACGUUUUUCUCAGGGCUACGAACCACGUGCUUUGAACACCCCCCUUCUAUUGUUAACAAUAUCUUCAUCUUCACAGGUCUUUGGGGUAAAGCGUGUUCAGGACUAACAGAUAACUCAUUAAUCUAUUUAUACAUGAAAUCAAAACUUACUGCUGUUCUACAACUUGUCCGUUGUAAGAGAUAGAACAUGACCUAAUUUCUUCAUUUUUCGUAAAUUUAUCUGGACACAUUUAUUGGUGCACUCAACCUCAGCUAUCUCUUUCAAGUCAACAAAUGGUUUAAAACACUGUUAGUUGAGUUUUAUAUCUUCAUUUUACCUAUUCUAAUUUUUUUCUGGUUAAAACAAGCAUC